CGGGAAACCUUACAACUGUACCACGGCGCACAGCGCAGCGAACGAAGCAACGACAAACGAACGAUCAGCCCAUCAUACGUUGGGACCUGUCGAGAAGCCGCCGGUCGCUGCUAACGGCUGAUUAUUUUUAGGAAUGACAAACUACUGCUACAAUAAUUACCACGACGAGCGCAGCAACUACUACCAUUACGGUCCACUACUGCUCAACCAUCAACUGCAGCAACAUCAUCAGCAAUAAUAGCCCGCUUUUCCUAAUCGUCUACGUGCGCGUGUGUGCGGAAACAAUAGUGUGUGUGUGUGUGUGUGGUUGUGCGUGGAAAUCACGGCGCAGUGGUGCAGUCGCGCGCGCAUAGAUGUAUUUAUUUGUUAUAGAUUAAAUAUUUGAAUUUGAAUAGUUGGUAGAUAUGAAUAGUAUUGUUAUACUGAGUUUAUGGAUACUCCUGCACAUUAGCAAUACAUCUUGUCAAGAUGAAAAAAUAUCCGUUUUAAGGGGCGAAAAGGUGGAGCUGGCCUGCCCGAUCGAUAUAGCGACCUGCGGCGAGCUGCACUCGCUGAAAUGGUUCAAGGGAACCGAACGGAUAGCGGUCGUGUCCGGUGAUGGCGAGGUGGCCAAAGUCGAGGGCAGCUACAACGAUCGGCUCUCGCUGUCGCACGAGGCACAGACGAGCCGGCUCAUUUUCCGCAGCGUUGAGAUAGCGGACGAAGAUACAUAUCUGUGCGAGACGACGUUUCUCGAACCGUCGGAGCUGUGUGAAAAUUCGGGCGCGUACAGCGUGGCACUAAACGUCUACGCCGUACCAUCGGUCAUUACGCUGCAGGAUGGCAAUAGGAAUAGUAUUAAAAACGGUUCCCACAUUGGACCGAUGCGCGAAGGGCAGGACCUGCAGGUCGUUUGCGAGGUAUACGGUGCCCGUCCCGAGCCUGUGAUAAGUUGGCAUCGAUCUGGUCGGGUUAUUCGAGACAACCUGGUUGUGGAGGAACACAACGGACUGUACACGGUCAAGUCAACAUUGUCGCUCACGCUAUCGCGCCAGGAGCUGGGCGCAACGUACAACUGUCGCGUGGAGAUGAAGGAUCUUCACCUAUCCGUCGACAACCAGUUCCACAUCGAUUUGCAAGUACGACCCACCAAGAUCAACUUAUCCGGUGUCGAACAUCACACGGUUCAAGGGACAAAGGUUUUGCUUCAGUGUCAGGUCAGCGGAGCAAGACCGGCAGCUAAUAUGACCUGGUACAAUUCAUCCAAGCUCAUCACGGAGGAAUCCAGUGAGAUGACUUCAAUUAAUACCAAAACAUAUCUUCAAAAUGAUGGAACGUUUGAAACGAUCAGUCAGAUGAUCUUUACUGCAACGCGCUUCGAAAACGGUGCGUCGAUGCGCUGCGAAGCCGACAACAUUGUGAUGCGUGAGGAUCUGGACCGGCCACUGCACGACACCCUCACGCUGGAAGUGAUGUAUCCACCGGUGGUGUCCGUAAAGCCGGAAAACAUCACCGUCAACGAGACGCAAGAUUUUCUGAUCUUCUGCGACUACGAGGCGAACCCGGCGUCGCUCGAGAGCGUGAAGUGGUACCGGAACAAUCAGGAGAUCAAGCUGAACAGCGUGCGUUACGAGGGUGGCAACCCGGAACAGACGGCACUGCUGAUCAAGAAUUCGACGCGGCACGACAUCGGUGCCUACACCUGCGAGCUUUCGAACUCGAUCGGGUUCGAUGUGUCUGACAAUGAAGUUUACGUUGAUGUUAUAUAUAAACCGACGGUGAUGUUAACGAUGGACCCGGAAGCGCCUGUGGUUGAGAAUGAUCAGGCGAACAUAACGCUGCUCUGCAACAUUGUGGACGGCAAUCCGAUGCUCCUCACGAAGGUCCGCUGGUUCCUGGACGGGGAGUUCCUGAAGGAGCUGCCAGAGUGCGAGGAGGAAACGCUCGGCACGGACGAGAACCUGUGCGAGGUCGAUCCGAGCAAGAUGCUGCUGCAGAACGUGGGCCGAGAGUUCAUCGGGAACUACUCGUGCGAAGGCUUCAAUGCGGCCGGCUGGGGCGAUGUGAGCGACGAGAACCCAUUGGACAUUUACUACGAGCCGGGCAACGCGUCCAUGGUGCACUACCCGUACAUUGCGAUCAAGCGGCGCAGCGUGACGUUUAACUGCUCGAUCGAGGAUCGAGGAAAUCCUGCUGCCAGCCGGUAUCGUUGGUUGCGCGGUGGAAAACCGGUGCUGGAUGUGGUCACACCGUCCUGGACGGUGGACCCGGUCGGGUUGGAUUCGCGCACGACAUUCUCCUGCUUUGCGUACAACGAGGGCGGCGAGGGGUAUCCGGCGGAGGUGAAUCUGGAAGUGCACGCACCGCCAGCGUUUAUCCAAAAGUUGCAGCCCUACACGGGGGCCCUAUUUUCGACGACCAACAUGUCGCUGUCUUGCCGGGUGGAGUGUGUACCUUCGUGCACCAUCUCGUGGUUUAAGGAUGGAAUUGGAAUUGAGGAGAGUGAUGAGCGGUACUACAUCACCAACACGUAUCUACCGUCGGAACCAGCGACGGGUGACUUCGAGAGUGCAUACUCUGUGUUGCAUUUCAACAUGUCCGCCUGGACGAAUGGAAUAUUGGAUCGGAUUAAGGACAGCUCAAACUACUCGUGCGUGUCCACGAACAACUCUGCAGGACCGGGCGUUCGUAGUACAACUUAUUUUGGUGUUGAAUAUCCACCCGAAAACACGAGCCUUUCGAGCACAACCAUUUCGGUGGAGGAGGGCAAAAUUCCUCCGAAAAUCGUUUGCUCCUCGCGGGCCUAUCCCGAGCCCGCUUUUUACUGGGCACGCAACGGUGAGAUUGUUGCCAAGGGUAGUGCGCUCAUAGUGGACGAAGGUUUGAGACGCUCGGAUGCCGGCAAGUACACCUGUACCGCAUUCAACAAGCACGGAAACCAUUCAACCGAUGCGUACAUCGACAUCCAUUAUAAACCCACGUGUCAAAUCAUGCGGAAGGAGGUCGAGGACGAGGAGGUGCUGAUCUGUGUUGCUACCGGCAGCCCGCGGGAGUCGGAGUUUGAGUGGAGCGUCAAGUACGCGAAUGACAGUUUGCCGAGCCAGCGCAUUAAGAGUGAGGCGUACGAGAGCUACCUGACGCUGGACGAUGCCGUAUCGGCGAUGCGCAUUUACGUGUGCGUUGCAAGCAAUAACGUCGGCAUGGGUACACCGUGCGAGAUGGAGGUUGCCGGGUACGUCGCCUGGUGGCUUAAGGGGGAUGUACUCACCCCGUACAUUCUGAUCGGGGCCGUGGCCGCACUGCUGCUCGCGGUCAUCCUGGUCUGCAUCAUCAUCAUUUGCAUCUGCCGAAGGAAGCGACGACAGGAGAAGUUUACUGGAGAAUCAUCGACUGCUGGCGGAUCCCAGAUCGAACCAGGAGAAUAUGAAAACCUACCGUUCCAUGGAUUGCAAACACCGCCGAAAAAGGCAAUGCUGUGUAAAACUAAUCUCGCGCCAUCGCUGAAGCAUCAUAACAAAACGCUCACCCCGUCCUGCUUUCCAACGCAUCCGUACAACUACAUCAACUAUCAGAAGGACAGCCAGAAGGGUGGCCUGCAGGCCCCCCUGCACCCGACCCUCCAGCACGCGCCCGGUCUCCCACCGCCCCCGUCCGGUGAGCCGCCGAGUAUGGACGAUUCGUGUAAAGGGAGCAAGAUGGCCGCCAUGGCGGACAACAGUGACACGCUGUCCUCCCACAGCUUCACCAUCGGUGGCACGCGGUCCACCAAGCGGGCCAGCGAGAAGAAGCUGAUAGAUCUGGAAACGGUAACACCGCUGUACGAGAACCUGACCGAUUCGAUACAGAUCCAUGAGGCGACGACACCGACACUGAUUCCAACUGCUAUGGGACCGCUCAUUCCACCCGGGAAGCCACUCAUACUGGAGGGACCGCACCAGGAACGGUACCGGAUCAGUCUGAAGAAGCCGGGCCGGAAGGGUGGAAGUAGUCGCUCGAACAGUGCCGUCUCGAACAGCUACUACGACUGCAUCAAGCCAAUCCCGGCACCAAGACAUCGGAAGUAUGCCUCCACCAACUCGCUUGUAUCGAAGACCCAUUCCACUAGCGGACAUGGCUUGAAACCGUACGGUGGUGGCAGUAGCACCCGGCUGGAUCCGAUCUACAUGAACCUUCCGUUCGGUAAUAAGGGACACGAAUCGUCACUCCGGCUUCACUCGGACACGGAAUCGGGCUCGGAGGGGCAUCACCGGGGCAUCAAUGAGUACCCGGUGGCACACGAUAAUCACUAUCUGGAGAUAACGCAGCACCAGACGCGGAUAGUGAUCCCGCGGGAACUGUUCCCGGUGGAUAGCCGCGAGCAGCAGGCCAAGAUUAAUCAGCUGCUCCGCAAGAGCGGCGCCCCGCCCGUACCGCCCGCCCUACUGGCCGCUUCGCCCAGCACCAACACACCUUCAUCGUCAUCCUCCAGCAGCACUAACAGCCGGCGCCACAUUAAGCUGCCUUUACAGAAACAUCAUAGCUUUAAUUUCCAGUCGUCGCAAACGGUCGAGGCAACCGUGCGCGAUCUCAAGAUCAAAUCGCACUCGAUCAGCUCGAAAACGUUGCGCGACUACCGGGGCAGCCAUCAGCGGCAGGGCAAUGGCACCGGCAGCAGCACACUGAACCACCAUCAUCAACAUUCCCAUCAUGCCGGCAUGCUUCACGAGCACGACAGCGAGAACGAGUACUACGACCAACAGGAACAGGAACAGCAGCAGCAGCAACAGCAUCGCCAUCGUGCGGCGUCUCACUUACCGUACGACACUAGCACCGUAGCCUUUAAACCCAUAACUCCCGUGCCAACGAGUACUACAGCAAUAAUAACUACCACUAACAGAAAGUCGGUUAAUAUGUGUAAUAAUGACAAAUUUGCAAUCAAAUAA